AGCGUCAGUUGUCUCGUUCUCAGUUUACCAAUAUCAGCCAUGACGAACAAACUUUGUAAACUGUUUGUCGGAGGAUUGAACGUGGAGACCACUGAUGCUGGACUCCGCUCAUAUUUCGAGCAGUACGGUACGCUCACCGACUGCGUUGUGGUCAUGAACCAGCAACUCGGACGGUCUCGCUGUUUCGGCUUUAUCACCUACUCGACACCAGACGAGGCCGACGCAGCAAUGGCGGCUAAGCCACAUGUCGUCGAAGGCAACAACGUGGAACUGAAGAGGGCCAUAGCACGAGAGGAUGCAAACAACCCCGACAUCCUCGCCAAUGUUAAAAAAAUCUUCGUUGGCGGCGUGAAAGACCACAUCGAGGCGGAGAACCUGACCGAGUACUUCUCUCAGUUCGGCGCGGUGGAGAAAGCCGAGAUCAUCUCUGACAAGCAGACCGGCAGAAAGAGAGGCUUCGGCUUUGUCUUCUUUGAGGACACUGACUCCGCCACCAAAGCGGUGCUGACCAAGUUUCACACCAUCAAUGGAAACAAGGUGGAGGUGAAAAAAGCUCUGACCAAGCAGGAGAUGUCCACCGGUGGACGAGGAGGCGGAAGAGGGAUGCGAAACUAUGGCGGUGGAAGAGGGGGUGGUGGUUAUGGAGGAGGCUACGGCGGCAAUUACGGAGGAGGCUACGGCUAUGGCGGGGGUUACAACGGUGGUGGAGGCUACGGUGGAUAUGGGGGAUACGAGGAUUACGACAGCCAGAUGGGGGGUGGAUACAGUAAUGGUGACUUUGGGGAUGGGUAUGAACAGCAGCACUCCAGUUAUGGUGCAAUGAAGGGGGGCAACUAUACCUACAGGAGCGGGGCCCCUUACAACAGAGGCGGCGGAGGUGCUGGCGGCUACGGCCGGGGUGGUGGAUUUAGCGGCGGGUAUUAGUGGCUCCCUUGUGUUUUGGGGGAUAAUCAUAGGGAAAUUUCUGAUUACAACGAACUUCAUUUUAUACACACACAUUACACAGGCCAGGUGGGGGAUAAGGGGCUAGUUAAUGGGAGCACCACUCGGCACACUGGCUCUCUCCACCCGGAUCCCAUCUCUCCUCUUAUUCCACAUAUUGUGGACUUUACUUCUAAGAAUUGUGAAUUAUUGAAUUGUAAGUUUGUGUUGGGGAAAUUGCUUGUUUUGUACCAUUUGUGAGGCCGUAAUCAAUGUCAGCCACUGCUUCUCAACUCAAGACUUGUGUGUUUGUCUUGCAAACCAGUUGUUUUCUUUUUUCUUUAUUUUUAUUAUAUAUUUUUUUUUGCAUCAUGAACUCAGGGUUUAAGUGAAGUUGGUGGCAGUGUCCGGCAGCAUGGGGCUCGAGUUCUUGAGUUUCAUGAUCUUAGACACUUUUGUGAUAAGUAUUUUUGGAGAAAUGUAUCGGACUGUUUUUGUUAUCUGUAAAUUACUUUUCCCGUCCCAUUGCAGACUUGUUUAGAUUAAAAUGGAAAUCCAUGUGUUCAGUUCACCCCUAUGUUUUAUUCUGCUUUUAUUAAAGUUUUUAAUGUUUUGAAACACUA